AUGCCUCAUUCAAAUACGAUCAACCUCGAUCCCAACCCUGACGAGGCGCCGGAAUCAAAGAAGAAGGAAUAUUCGAUGAAAAUCGGCUCAGCACAGUAUCCUGCGAUGAUCACGGGACCCGAUAUUGCCUUUAUGAUUAAUCACUUAUCUGAAGCGCUCAAAAAUCCCUCGCAGGACUACAUUUGCGCUGCAGAUCGAGUUAUCGAAUACCUCUACAACACGCGCUUUUUCGCGCUCGAAUUCUCCGCUAAGGGAGAAGACCAGGAGGUUGCAAUAAUCACUUCAGAUGCAGCCUACGGUGAUCGACCGGACCGCCGCAGCUCGGCAGGAUAUCUCGUGAAGCUCUACAAUGCAGAGUUUCUUGCGCUAUCCGAGGCAGCCAAGGCCGUAUACUGGUGGCGCAGAGUUUUCAACACCAUGGGAUUCGAUCCUCAACAUGAAAUGACCGUUUCCUACGAUAACCAGCAAACCGUCCGUUUAGUCAACCAUGAGGACGUUGAACACCGCUCUAAACUACGCCAUGUUGAUAUUCAUCGCUCGUGGCUCCGCCAGGAGGCUCAGCAAGGUGAUCUACGCGUCAAAUGGACCCCUACUAAUCAAAUGAUCGCCGAUGGCCUCACGAAGACGCUUUCCGCGCAACAACACGCCAAAUUCGUGAAAAUGUUGAACCUCGUCAACAUUGAAGACCUCAUUCUCGCUCAAGAAGGAAGAUAA